GUGAGGCUUGUUUAUGUAUUUUCCUCUCACUUUCACGUUUUGCUCUGUUGACUACUUUCUUGGAAUUUUGCAAGGUCAGAAUAAUAAAUGGCAUGAUAUCUUCGUAUUAUCCAGUAUUAUCAUGAAUUGUAGCGCGCUUAAAGUCGCACUGAACAAUGGAGUUGAAAUGCCGAUGAUCGGAUUUGGUACCUUCACCAUCAAAGGGCAGUCAAUAAUUACAAAAGUUUUGGACGCAGCGUUGGCUUGUGGAUAUCGCUUCAUUGAUACCGCAGCCGUUUACAGGAACGAGGAAGAAAUUGCCAUAGCACUGAAAGAGUUGCUACCGAAAUAUGGAUUACUGAGAUCCGACCUGUUUCUAACUUCGAAACUUGCUCCUGCUGACCACGGCAAAGAUAGAGUUCGACAGGCGGUACUAGAUUCACUCUCCAGAUUAAACACGCCGUACCUUGACUUGUACUUGGUGCAUUGGCCUGGAGCUGGACGACUGCCGUCCCAAAGUCCAGCCAACAGAAAUAUUCGAAUCGACACUUGGCGUGAAUUGGAAAAGCUGCAAAACGAGGGCAAACUGCGCAGCAUUGGAGUUUCCAAUUAUUUAGAGAGCCACUUGAAAGAGUUGCUUUCUGCUACAACUGUGAAACCUGCUGUCAACCAGGUUGAACUUCACCCGCACUUCCCUCAAAAAGACCUUGUGAAAUUUUGCAAUCAGGAGGGAAUACUUGUGCAAGCAUACAGUUCCCUCGGUGGCCACUCCUCCCACAUUUUACUUGCCGAUCCUCAAGUUAAGCAAGUGGCAAAGGUUGAGGGCAAAAGUGUUUCCCAAGUCUUGCUUAAGUGGGCAGUACAACAAGGAAUUGGUGUGAUACCCAAAUCGAUUCAUCCUGAAAGAAUCAAGGAAAACUUUUGCCUUGACUUCACACUUUCAAGCGAGUCUAUGAGAGCUUUGAGCUCGCUGAAGAUCGACCAGAAGUACGCGUGGGACCCUCGAUCUGUGGUUUAACAUGUCGCAAGAAAUGUGUGUUCAUGGCAGAAAUGAGCAUGCAUUACGAAGGAUGGCUGCGAAACAUGGGGCAUUUAGAUUUACCUCAAUUGUGUCUUCAGUUAUUAAUUCUUCCUUCUUGGACUUAAUUUGAAGUCGGAAAGCCACCACUGGUGAAGCCCUUUGUGAUACUUCUGGAGCUUUCCAUGUCACGUCCAAUUUGAUUGUGUUCUCAUUUGUUCCUACACUCUCUACACUGCAAACACUCUUUGGUAGCUCCGUCUCUGUUAAAUCAUGACAAUUUUAAUAUAAAAUAAACUCCAAAUUUUACUCCUAGACUUACUGCAGUGCUUCUUCUCGUUUUCUAAAAUUGUUCCUUGUUCAUCGGUUAGAUUUACAGGACAUUGCGGCACGUCAAAAGUUGCGCCGAUUGCUUUGCCCGUAUUUAAUGCAAAAGUAAAGAAUGGUCGAACGAGGAAGGUAGCCUUUUCGCCGAGUUCCACUUGCCAUUUGGCGUACCAAUUUUUGCCAGGCUGUAAAUUUAUAUGUAUAUGAAAAAAAAUUCAAUUUUCAAUGCAGUUCAGUUUUUACUUCGCACGUCUCUAAGUCGUGUUUGCCUUCUUUGAGAACGGAAUAGCAGCAAGCUGCAUCUGGAAAAAUGAAAUAUUCAUUUCAACUUUUAUUUCCUCCGUCGCAAGAGUGAAAUGCUUUGAAUAUAUUCAACAAGCAAGACGCAAAUUUGCGUGGGAGCGGGUUAUUGUGAUUUCAAAUUCUAAAAAGUGUUCUGGAAAAUGCUUUGCAUUUCAAAGGUGUGUUUUAGAAAUCUGGCGAUAGAACAACAACACUACGUUUCUAAAUAAUGCCCUUAUAUGUUAGGCAGAUUAGCAAGGUUACGUUGCAACGCAAUUAAAAGGUUGCACAAUUGAAAAAAAAGAAGAGCUUGAAGCAAUCUUUUUACAUGCAUGAGUGCAGGUCACGCAAAACACACGAACAAUUUGGAUCUUUAAACAUUUGAAAAUUUGCAGUUGAUUUUAAAAAGUCUAGAAACGGCUCCGUUAACACAGAAACGUGAUGUUGGGUCAUCGAGCUCAUUGAGUUGAUAAUUGUAUGCGUGCGCCUUGGGUAUUUGUGCAUUAUCCUACAACAUCAAUAAUUUACUCACCGACUGCUGGCACCCAAGAGACAUUUGCGUAGAGAGCUCCAUCAGUUCCAGAUACAUAAUUUGAAACAUGCACUCCUCUGACCUCGAGUGGUUUGAGGUUAUUCUGCAAGGUUUCAAACGUGCCGUUGAACUCUUGGCCGUCCUCGGAAAUUAGUUUGACCUCGUAUUUAGACGAAAAGUUCAGUUUCUCAAUGCGAACCCAACUUCCGUUGAUCUAUUCAAAGUUUAUUUAUUUGUUAAUUAACACUUCAAUUUCUUAAUUUCCGUUGGAAUAAUUUUUUGCUUCAUCAAAUGUUCGCAAAUUUUCAAAGGGCGAUUAAUUAAUAAUAAAAAAAAUCAGGGGACGAGUAAAACUUAAAAAUGUUUUUCGAUUUAUAAUUUAUGUAGCAGUUUUAUACUUUAAUCGAAAAUCCUCAAUCAUGAAACUGUUUUGGUUUGAUGCAGAAAAAAAUACUCACUUUUUGUUCCUCGACUUGGGUCCAGUUGUUAAGAAAUUGUUGCUUGAAAUAAGCUGUUUUGAGAGGCUUUUGUGAUGAUAAUGCGAGCACCAACACGGCACCGUCCUUCUGUGAGUCGUGACACAAAAGCUUGGCCUUCUGACCCGUGGCUGCAACCGAGGUCACAAAUUAGCAUUUCUUUUGCUUAUCUUUUGCAAGCAAAUUACCUGAGGUGGUUGGAAUGGAAAUAGAAUCGUUUUUUGAACAGUCGCACUUUUCUCGACAAGUUGAGGAACUCUGAAUUCAUAAAAGAGGUUAGGCGUGUCCGGGCAGGACGUGGAUUUUGUCAACUUACACAUAACUGAGAGCAUUUAGCCGCUUUGUCGUCUCGAAUCCUCGACUGUAUGCACUGCCAAAACAAAAUUUGUUCAGAUAAAAACUAGUUUGGAAUUUAACUGUAAAAUUACCUCUUGGCAAGAUUUCUUGUGUUCAUCUGUGCAGCCAUGGAAAUUCGUCACAUCCUAAAAUUAUAAUAAUUUCGUUAACUAUUUUACAUUAUUUAUAUCUCUACUAACAAUAAGAAAUAAAAAUUUUAAAUGAAAUAGGAAUGGUUAUUCUCUUUAUAUCCUGGUUUCAAUUCAACACACAACCCGCGUGACACUUGUGUGCAGCGUGUUGCAUAACAAUUUACACGUCUCGUCGCUAGCCACCCGUUAAGUAGCUAAGCUUUUGAAGAUUUUGAAACGGUAAGAAUUUUUUUCCAUUUGAGGUAUUAAGAUCCGUAACGAACUGAAACUGGAAAAUCUUGUCGUGAAUAUAAAAUUUAUUAAUUUGUCAUAAAUAAUAUUGCAUCAGAAAAUGUAUUUUAUGUCGAGAUUGCAGGAUUUCAACUUUCUGAUUUUAAAAUCGAGACGCCAUUUUAAUUAUUAAAUAAAAAUGCACGUCGUGAAUUAAGCUCAACUGCAGCACUCGGUCGGAAUAUUAAGUCUCGUCUGCGACGCCGGCCCGGAUUUAAUGAAAAACGGCGCGUGUCAAGUUCUCUCGGAAAGAAAAAUGCGCCUGCUAAGUGCAACGCGCGCGAGUCCGGCCGGCAAAGGACGACUUGAAAAUCUUGUCCCGCAAUCCAAUUAAGGAAGUCCUACAUGAAAAAAACUGCAUAUAUUUAGCCGAGAGUUGACAUGCAAGUCGCACUUUUAAUGUGGUCUUAGGCGGCCCUGAUGGUCUGCAAGAACGAGUUAUUUCGCCAUUUGCUCCGGCGACUCGAAAAGCGCGUCUGCGGCUUUCAGACUCGCAUUAUAUGCUGCACGGCGAUUAUUUUUUUACAAGAAUUCUUAAUCAGCGACGCAGAAAAUGUCCUUGGCUCUCAUGAAUUUUCAUCAAGCUAUUAAACGAUUUCAAUUUCAAUUGAAAAAUUUAUAAUUUUCAAAUAAAUUGAAAGCUUGAUUAGUAUUAAUUCAGAAGAAGUUUUACCUUAUUUAAUUUAUUAAUUAUUUUUUUUAUAAAUCGUAUUAAAAAUAAUGGAACAGAAAAUCUGAAUUUACAAGGAUAUAAUUUUUAUCUAGUCUCUUCUGGGAACUGAAAAAAAGAGGCGCGCAUCGAAAUUCUGUCGGCGCGUCUGUGAAUGACUGGCGAGGAAGGAGGUGCGAGUAAAAUUAGGCGGCCGGCCGCGCGUCAUGUUUUCAGAGCUACACGUGGAGCGGCAGAGGAGAUAUAGAAAACGACACCGAUAAAUUAGAUAUAUAGCAGAGCGUCUAAGCUCAUUUGAAUUCUUGAAAAACAGCGAGCGCUUCCCACCGUAACAAAAUCGCCGCCAAUGCAUAAUUCAUGUUGGCCGCGCCACUGAACCAUUGUGGGCAGAGCGAAAUGUGUAUAAAAAUCAUUUCAGCCUCCUAAUGCCUCCGUCACUUGAAAAAAAACUCUAGGAUCUCAAAUUCAAAUGGCGAUCGCGGUGCGUAGCGAAAAUGGAAAAACAUUUGAAUUUGCAUUUUAUUGUUUCUCUUGGCUUGGAGGAGGAAAGAGAGCCGGCCGAGAAUUGCGCACAAAUAAUUGGUCUAUUUUCAAUCGCGCGACACGCGCCUCACUUUUAUCGGGGGUCGAGAAGGUCAAAGCGGAUCAUUUUUCGGGAGUGCUUCGAUAGGCAGGUGAUUUUCAUUUCACUAAUGAAUGCCACGCGUUCUCGAGCAAGCGACCAGCGUUACCGUCGCAUCGGCGGCUCCGAAAUCGUCUUACUUUGCAUUAAUAUCAAAGUCACUUUCUGAAGAAAAAAAGAAAGAAACACCACGUGCGCCUAGACACAACACUAAAGCCAAUAGUCCACUUGUUAUUUGUCGAGCGGCGCUGUUAGAUAAAAAUAAAGAACGCUCUGCCUUUGAUUACGCGAUCUAUUGAAACCUCGAAAAGAUUUGUUCAAUUUUCAAAUAUUAAUGAAUUUCAAAUUCGCUCGUCUUUAGUUGACCUUAUCAAUGAAAUCGAAAUUAAAUACACGUCGGACGAUUUAAAAUCUCUGUCAAAUUUGUGAGUAUUUAAAAUUUCAAUUUGCUAUUUCAGUUUUCAGUCGGUCUACACCUGUCUGCGUACCCACGGUGCCGGUGUCAGACGGUCGCGACUCGCAGGCACAUUAUUUCAUUCACUUUACACCUGUGCGCGCCGCCGUAAUGGCACUGGAUUGCAUACGAUUAGAGAAAUGCACCUGCUACACACAAAUUCGUUUUCAGAGAGGUGACGAACGCCCAAUUAUUCAUUCGUACACGAGCCGAGAUUUCGUCACUGUAAAUGCAUGGAUUCGUUUCCCAAGACCGCCUUGGCCGUUUUUUCCUUGCGACGAUUGGGAGCAGCUGGAAAUUUGCAUUUGAGUGCAUCCGGAACGGGGUGCUAAUUUGACUGCACCGCGCUUACAUUUCUCAAUUUAAGAAUUCAAUAAAAUAUGACAAGAAUCUCUGUUGGAAUUAUGAGGAUGCGACAUGGUUUCGAAAAUCCCCAGCAUAAAUAGUGUCAGAUUGGCUUUUAAUUUCUCAGAAAUCAGGCUUAUCAUUUUGGCAGAUCACUCGUAUCAAGUGGAAUAAAGCGUGAACAGUGGCGAUAGGGAAAGUGAUUUCAGCGUGACAAUUGAUAGUUGAACCUUGGACUAAGAGUAGGACAAAUUCUCAUUCAUUUAAUCCCCUAAACCAGACGUAAAACUAAAAAGGUCUGAUCAACUACGCAGUCGAUUUUAACCUGCAUGAAGAGAUGAAAUUUUUUCAAAAGCUGGAAAUUCUCAAAUCCAUUUCCAUGGGGCAAAAUUUUCCUUCAGCAAAAUUUAUUUAAGAAGAGGUUUUUUUGGGAAAAAAAACAAAAACGGCCCGGUUAAUUUUGAUAGUAAUUUUUAUCUACAUUUUAACAUUGAUUUUUAAAUUUCAGUUCCAAGGAGACAUAGUAAGAAAAAUUUAAGUCAUUAGGCGAACUGAAUUUUUGAAAUUUAACAUUUGUCUUGUGCGAAUUUUCUAAAAUAAUAAUUUUCUCAAAAUUGGCCCAAGUAAUUGAUAAAAAUUUGACCAUAUCACGCUCAAAUCAACCCAAAAAUAAAAUCAAUCAUUAUCAGAAAUUAAAAUUGAUCUCAUGGGUAAAGGUUGAUUGAAUUUUAUUGUUGAUAUCAUAAGCUUCUUGUUAAGUAUCCAAAAAUUUCCUUAUUUUUGAUAAUUUUAUAAAAAUUCAUCAGCAAUAAUUUGGUCUGAUCCAAAUUUGUAAUGAUAAUUUGAACAACAAUUUAUUUAUAUCUGAAAACAAUUUCAGCUUUUUCUUUUGACAAAUGUCAGCAAGAAAGUUACAUCAAUCACUGACUGACUUCGUUUUGGUUAUGUAAAUUAAUUAUGCACAACAAGGAUAAGAUUAUUAUUUGUUGACUUCGUAACACAAUCAUUAUCGUUUCGGAGGCGCGCGUGCCCCGUUUUAGAAAUUCGGCCACGCGUUUUUAUGCUAUUGAAAUUCUACUUUUGACGAGAGUUUUGCAUAUCCGUCGGGAAGCUCCACGCGAAAGGACGAGGCGCGCCACCAGCGACGCUCACGCACGCUCUGCGCCGGAGGCCGCCGCGCCGGAGAUGUGACUUUUAUUUAGCGGAGAGUUAUGUGGAGGCGCGUGGCAGUUGUAAAUAAAAAAAUGUGCCCGCCUCUUUCGCUAUCGACACGUGCCUGAAUGAACAAACGCCCCACUAUAAUUCUCUCCAGGAAAGAAGAAGUGGCCCGUGCUUUCCUAUUAGCCUAGCGCGCGUUCUUUCUUAUCCCGAGCUCGCGAUUCGCAAUGAGCAAAUCGCGAGUACAAUGGCCCUGAAACGUUUUCGCGCUUAACAGAAAAUAAAUAUAUACUAAAGACGCUCGCUCGCUCGCACGUGCGUUUCUUUAUCUUUGCGUAAUACUCACUGAAAAAAUUAUUUUUAUUGAGCCAGCGCCUAAUUUAAUUUUUAUCUAUAAAAGAGCGAUAUUAUGUAAUGAAGAAAUAGAAAAGCUAAUCUUUUUGCGUUUAAAAUCAACAGCCCAAAUUUUUUUACCAACAUAAAUAAAAUUAUAUUGUUAAGCGUGCUCAAAAAUUUGAGCCCGAGGCUUUUCUGGCUGUACCAGGAAAAACAAAAUUUAAAGGAGCGUCCGAGAUGGAUUUAGCUCUCUAAGGUUCUAGACACAGAUUCAGUGAACUCGGCCAGCCGCGCCUGCAAAUCUUAUGCCUACAGCAUUUUUUGUCUCGAGCGGCACAAUUGCCCUUUGGAUAUGAGAGCGGAAAAGUAAAGCUUGGGGAGGUUAUAAUCUGUCAAGAUAAAUAGAACUGAUAGUUGGUUAACUCUUUCUGGCUAGAUCUAAUUCAUUCUAGAUCGUUUCCUGUUUAAAACAAGGAAACAAAUUGAGGAAAAUUUACCUUAGAAAUUUUUAAAUAAAAUUAAUUAAAUUAACUUUAAGCAACAAAUAAGAAAGUACAUUUACUACAACAAUAAUUUGGAAAGUCGGAAAAUUCGGAAAAAGAAAAAAAGUGGUGAUAUUGACCUUUCGCAAAACCUCUUCGGACCCUGUCAGCUCUUGCACGAGAUUGCACUGCUCAGUGCAGAAGGAACUUUGCAGGGGCACGGGGGCCGGAAGGCCCACGCUGACGGCCCAAAAAAGCGGAAGACAGCACAGCACCACACGCUGCAUAUCCCUGUUGUAGGUAAGCUUCUUCCCAGCUACACAUUAAAUAUCUUUUGCUCCACGUGGAGCGCGCGCUCACUCCUUCGCUGGAGCAGUUCUCACGGUAGAGGGGAUACCAUCCCCCCGCUCCCAGACAAUGCACUUUUAACUAAUUCUGUCCACUCUGAAAUAUUCAUCUUCGUUUUUUCCCGAAUUUAGUCACAAGUUUCAAUUUGUUCGUAAAGUGGGCCACGAUAAGUAAAGACGACAAUCGACACAUUAUUCAACUUUCCAAGUGUUGAAAGUUGAAAAAUCUUAAAUUAUUUUUAUAAUUAUCACAGGAAUUAUUAAGAAAACGCAGUUUUUAAUUAAUUACUUAAAUUAUUUUGUAUAUUGCACAAUUCACAGUCAAAUUUGUAUUCACCUGUUCGUUGCACGUUUACGUUUGGCAAAUAUGUUGAAAAUACACAAUGUUUACAGAAUACUGAUUUCUUACAUAAAUAUUUGUUGUCAACAGCUUAGAAAAUUAAGUUGUUGGAUGUUUUCAAUACUUUUAGAUUAUCUCAUCAGUCAAUGUGUCGAGAUUCUGGCAAAAUUAUUUAAACAUGGAAAUCUUCACAUGAUGAAUGUAAUAUUCACAAGCGUUACAGCAAAAGCGCUAAUAUUAUAUAAAGUGAGUAAAAAUUGAGUUAAUGAUCUAAUUUAAGUAUUCAGAUUUUGCUCGAUGGGCCUCACGAGACUUUAAAUUAAUGGAAAUUAAAACUAAUCAAAAUACCCUUCUUUAUUGCCAGAAUUCUUUUCAAUAUAAUAAUAGAAAAUAGCUUUUAAGAAAUAAAUUCCUACUAUGAAGCUGCAGUUAAUAAUCCAUUGUGCCGUGAUGUAGUGGAGGUUGGAAUGUUGAACCAUGAAAUCCGGACAUCAAGUCUCGUACACUUUGCACUUCCGCAUACGCCUUAAUUUAAAAUUUUAAGAAAAAAUCAAAGACAAGCAAUUAAAUAAAGGAAAGGGUACUUACAGGGUAGUCGCUUGUUUCGCCCGGAUUGUGACCCAAAAGUAUUCGAGGAGCUGCUCUGGGAGGGGGUUGCAGAGUUGCGUACAUAUUGCUCUGCGUUUCAACCUGAAAUUAAAAAGGCAUUUUUUUUCCAAUGAAGCAAUUGAAAUAAUCACAUUUUUCAACUAAAGAUUACCUGGUUAUCAGAACUGUCUAGCCUGUUCUCAUUUUCGCAAAACACCUGCAUUGUCAGCUCUUGCUCUUCGUACAAUUUUAAAGUCCUGCAAAAUUUAAAUGAAGGGAAACAGUAAAAUUACAUCUUAGGCAAACUCACUGCUCCAUCCAAAGUGGAUUUUCCGUUGUGCAAUUUGGCUCGUCAGCCGUUCCCUUUUGGAUCAAAGUCUCUUUGCGCCCAUGAGUAAGGUUCUGACCUGGAAUCGGCAAGACCCUAAAAAUUCGAAAUAUGUUAAUAUAAUUUUCUUCGCCAUUAUUAUUAAAAAUACCAGUGUCGAAGGCAACAGCAAACAACGAAAAAGCUGAUGAAACCAACAACUAAGACUACAAGGAGAGCAACUAAUGCAGCAAGAGCAGUGUCAAUUUUUUCGUCCAUAAUCUCCGACGAUUUAGCAGACUGAAAAAAUAAUUUUUUAGAUUUAUUAGAGUUAAAAUUUAGCAAACACUUACAAUGACGUUUUGUAUAUCAAACCCAGAGUAGUAGUCCCUCAGAGUGUCGUAGUUGGAAUCAACAAGCUUCAGUACCUGCGGGACAGGUAUGAUUCCCAUUGUUGCAGGAUCAACCACGGCAAGAUACAUGUCAGACCUGAACAAAAAAUAAAUUGGAAAAUCAAUUUAAUCUUUAUUUUUGAGCUUACCAGUUGUGCAUAAGUUGACCCCGGUCAUCAACAUGGUACUUUAUGUCGUCUAACACAACCAGCCCUUGAGUGGCAGUGCUAAGGCCAGAAGUGACUUCAUUCCUAUCAGAGUGGACCUUUUCAGGUGGCCUCGACAGGAUCACUCGAACAAGUUGGCUCUGGUCAUACACCCACACCUGCAAUUAAAAAGGAAUCCAUAAAUUAUUUAAAUUUAAAAAAUAAACAUUAUUUUCCUUACAUGGACCAUUGUUUCCGCCUCUCUGUACGGAGCUACCGUUUCUCUCGCUACGAGCUUGAGAAUAAAUCUGCCUUGGUUGUAUUCGAGCAUCGGAGUGGUUGUGCUAAUGCGACCAUUCUGGGACACUUUGAAUGGCGAAGGGACGAGAGAGCCUGAGCUCACAUUAGAGCCAGGAGGAUAAAGGUUGGAGGCUCUCAAAAGGUAGUCAAGGGUUUCUUUGCCACCUUUGUCGGGGUCGAUUGCAGAAAUUUGAGCCACCUGGUCAUUUUCUUGGCUCAUUGCAUUCACCCCGGCAUAAAACUCAGUUUUCUCAAAAGACGGAGCGUUGUCGUUCUCAUCCAGCACAGUUAUGAUGACUUGAACAACACUUCUCUGGUUGCGAAGAACAUUCUCUCCCCCAAUCAAAAUUUCCUUUCCCACCUGCGAUUAAUCAAUUUCAGCAUUUUUAUUAUUAAAAAGUAAUUUUUUUUACCCUUUCUGGGUCGUAAUCAGGAUCAUUUGACGCUUUGAUCAAUAGUGAAUAGCUUUCCUUCAUUUCCCUGUCCAGUGAUAAUUUGCUUCUCACUUUUCCGUCUGUUUUGCCCACAGAGAAACUAUCAUCGCCACCGGACACCAGCGUGUAAUAAACUUUGGCGUUAAAGCCUUCGUCUGCGUCAUCAGCGUGAACGGUGCCUUCAAAUUUUAAAUUAUUUUGUUGAUUUAGAAAUAAAUAAAUGUUUUUUAUUUACCAA